GCUAUAUAAUGAGUCCUUCCGUCCGAGCCUUCACAUAUUGUCAUCGUGUUCUUCACGGCAAACUUACGCUACGCGCUCUUUACUUUCUCUUCCACAAUGCCUCGCCGAAGCUCCGGAGGAAGACCAGCUUCCCGCCCUGCUGCCCGUGCACCAGUGCGUAAUCCUCCUGCGCCAGCUUCUCCUGCUCCUCCUCCAGCACCCGUACAAGGUGGAAAUGGGUCCAUGAUGGGAGGACUUGGUGCCGCCAUUGCAGAUGGCAUGGCCUGGGGUACUGGCACUGCCAUCGCUCACAGGGCUAUGGAUGCUCUGAUGGGUCCUCGUGUGAUCCACCAUGAGACUGUUGCUUCAUCAGCUCCUGCUGCUGCACCAGCACCAAACAUGACUGUUCAUGGAGGUUCUGACGCUUGUGUUGGUCAAUCCAAGGCCUUAAGUGAUUGCCUGACCAAUUAUGGGAGCGACAUAAGCAAGUGCCAGUUCUACAUGGACAUGUUGCAAGAAUGCCGUCGAAACUCGGGGACUGCCUUGAAAGCUUGAAGUUGAUAACGGCUAGAUCUAUUAAUUUGUGCCUUCAUUUUUUGUCCUCACAAAUAGGACGACGCGAUUAGGUUUCAAAAGUGUUUUUAUUUUAUUUUUGUAUGUUUUCAGGUUGAACUUACCAUGUGAUGGUUUGGGAAGAUAAUGGCCUGAUAUAGACAUUACUUGUAAUAAUAUCCUUCCUGGAUUUUAUGUAUCUGGUCGAGCGUGACAUGUUUAAAUGUUUAA